AUGGAUUUAGAUUUACUACUUUCAACUGAAUUUUCACAAUUUGAUAAUGAACUAUCGGAUGUUGGAGAUUGCUAUGAAAUUUCUGAUGACUAUGAAACAACCGAUAAUGAACAUUCAAAUAAUAAAUCACUUAAUUCUGAUCAAUCAAAAAGGCUUAAUGAUGAAUUAUCAGCAAGAUCUAAAUGGAGGAUAGAUCAAGAGCGUUUAUGUAUUCAUAGCUUAGUAUGUGAAAUAUAUACUGAUAAACCUAAACAA